AUGGAAAUUCCGAACGAAAUUAAGUUACGAGUAAUCGAAAAAAUACAAUUACAAAGGAUGAGGGAGUUUGUUGGGAGUAAGGUUUUUCAGGCCAUGCAAAAUGUCGAUGUUUCUACUUUGAAUAAACUGCGGGAGAAGGACUUGCGCCCAGUUCUCCCAUGUUUAGUUCGCAUGGCUCUUUGCAAACCAUUGGAUGAAAGUGAAUCGUGGUCAGCAGCCAAAAAAGAUGUUCUAAAAAUUCUCUCUGGCAUCGAGGUUGUCAACAGCAUUGUUGCCUUACUCUCAAUAGAUUUUCAUGCGUUGGAACAAGAUGUGAACAAAGAACAGCAACUGAGAACAAAACUUGGAGGAAAUCAAACAGAAAGUAUCCUGAUAUCCCAGCUACAGAAUGGAGUGGCUCUGGAAUUUGAAAGGAGUGAUCCACCUCGAAGACUAAGAUUGUUACUGAGUGAACUAUUGUUUGUAGCAUCUCAGAUCAGAGAGUCAAAAACUGAGUUCUACCAGAAGAGUAGUGAAUUGUUUGAGAGCCUUGUGUAUCUGGAGGAAGUGUCUGAUGUACUCUGUAUAGCCCAGGCUGAGUUACCUGCCCUGUUGCCAAUCAAUGAGGUAUCAGAAACCCUUCUCCAUAUUCCUAAUGGUGACUGGAUGCUGUGUCGACUGGUGGCAAAUUCUCCUGACUGCUACAAAGAAGUGUGUACUAGUCUGGUGACUAAUGGUGACAGACAAGAUGAGGAGACAGUCGGGGGGCAGCGGAGAAUGACAGUGCUCCUCGCUCUGGCCAGGAUGAAUCCAAAAGAAAUGUAUAAUAUCAGGGCCCUCUGUGUAGAGAAUUGCAAGAUGCCAGGAUUAGCUGUGGCCUUGACCUUAGAAAUGAAUAAAGAAUACCCCCAGUCAGAAAUAUCAGGAGACUCCAACACAGAUGUUGUAGGAUUUGUCAGUGGAAUGUUGCUAGGCAACAAUACAAGCGUAAAGGAGUGGUUCUCACAGUAUGUCAAAAUAGGCCAAAAGUUGAAAAGAGAUUCCACAUUGACACAGUUACACAGUUUGAGACUGUGCCUACUGGAACAAAUGAUUUCAAUAUUGCCUGAUGGUGGAGCCACGAUAUCUGAGUCCCAGGCCAUCAAGGCUAGUGCAUUCAUACGACUCUACUGUGCACUCAAGAGCAUGGCUGCAUUUAAAUUUACAGAUGAAGAAAUGAAGAUUCUGCUGAGGUUAAUCACAUCUAGACCUCCCUUAAGCAAAGCUGGUGCUAGAUUUGUCUCCCUUGGAUUGUGCAUGUUGAUAGCUUGUCCAUAUCUGUUAGGGAACAAUGAUCAAGAGAAGGUGGCUAUAGACUGGAUUAAGUGGUCCCUGGUGAUGGAGAAGGAAUUCAAGCUUGAGGUGUCCAGUGCUUGUUCCUUUGGUGAAAUGUUGUUCCUGAUCGCCAUUCAUUUCCAUAGCAACAACAUGACAGCAAUUUCUGACCUUGUGUAUCUCACAUUGGGUUUAAAGAAUCUGGUGAAGGCUAAUGCACUGGCUAGAAUAAGACAGAUAUUUAUUUAUGAGAUCUUUACAGAGCAGGUGAUUACGUCCCAUGCAGUGAAGGUUCCUGUGACACCUGGACUGAAUGCAAACAUGACAGGUUAUCUUCCUAUCAACAGUAUUUAUCAACUUCUAAAGAGUCGCUCCUUUUCCAAACACAAAGUACCAAUAAAGGACUGGAUUUAUCAGCAAAUUUGUAACUGUUCUACACCACUCCAUCCACUAGUUACCUCCCUUAUUGAUGUUUAUGUCACCUCCACAGUCAUCAAAAGCACCAAGACUGAUCAUCUAAAUGAACCAAUCACAGAGGAGGAAAUACUCAAUGUGUACAAAUCUUCAGUGUUUCAUUGGUCAAAAUCAGAAGGAGAGGAGUCAUCAAGUUCAACUUCUAAAUCAGAACUUGCUCCACAGCUACUCAUGCUUUAUUAUUUACUCCAUUAUGAAGACAUAGUAUUGACACAUAUGAAAACUCUUGUAAUGUCCAACAGGAAGGUGAAAUCCUACCAUGACACACUACUGGCCCAGAUUCCUAUUAACUUCCUGUUACAGACGGCUCAGAGAGAGCAGGAGCAGUACGCUGGAUUAUUCUCACCACUCCUAAAGUUACUGGUGACCCAUUAUCCACACCUGUGUGUUGUGGAGGAUUGGUUGGAGGAGAAACUGAUUAGGGAAUCUCUGGUGGCAGAGACAUCAGUCAUGUACAAUAUCCCCUGUACCAUUGAUAACUUCAAUGAUGCACUGAGGAAUCUAACCACACAUCCAAUGAAGAUGAUCUCACAGCUGCAGGCAAUGCUGAAGAUGUCUGCCCCAGACUUGUUACGUUUUGCUGAGCCAGUGGUAUCCUCUCUGCCCAUCAUGCUGGAUGAGGUGGUGCCCAGAAAAAUAGUGGACCUAAUCAAGAAAGUCUGGUUUCUUCUUCACGGUGUCUCUCCACGAAGUUUAAGACUGUCCACUGUGAAUUCCCUCCGACUGUCAGAGAGAACAACAUUCCAGGUGACUCCGUACACAGAGAACGACAUUACUGUAGAUCCACUGAUUAUACUCAGGUGUGAUGAACGUGUCUUCAGGUGCCCUCCGAUAUUGGAUAUCCUGUUACGUGUUUUGUCAGCUUACCUCCAGGCCAGUCGAGUCUAUUUACACAAUCACAUGCUGUCUAAUCCAAUCCUGGAGAAUGCAGCUCAGGCUGAUCGGGAGAGGCUGGACCUAAAGCAUGCCCUGAUAGCGGCCCAGGAGAGUGCUAUUAUACAGAUCCUACUGGAGUGUUGUCUUCCCACAGAGGAGGAGCAAAGGGAGGGACAAGAGGGUCUGUUGACCAACUGUCGGGAGAUUCAGUGUAUCAUCUGUUCAUUUAUACAUCAGCUGUUCAUUACAGAACCCCACCUUGCCAAGCUUGUUCACUUCCAGGGUUAUCCAGAUACUCUGUUACCCGUGACAACCACAGGGAUCCCCUCCAUACACAUCUGUCUGGAUUAUAUUCCAGAGAUCUUAAGUCAGCCACAGCCAGAGAAGCAGAUCUUCGCUAUCAAACUGAUGUCCCACCUGUGUUGUCAGUACGCCUUACCGAGAUCCCUCAGUGUGGCCAAGCUCUGUAUUAAUGUCAUGUUUACUAUGAUCGGAGUGUUGGAGAACACAGAGAGAGUGAAUUUUUUCCUAGAGACUGUUCCAUGCCUCACCAAGGUGUGUCAAGCUUUCCCUCCACUUUGUGAAGAUGUAACAUCUUUCCUUCAUCAGAUUGGUCGAGUUUGUAUGUCACACUUGACAGCGGCCAGUAACUUAAUGGAAACCGAACUCUCAGACCUAGACAGGUCAUAUGUGCCGCUCAAAAAGAAGCUAAAAAUAGACACUCCCAAACAGGAGCUAGCUAUUAAAUAUCGGACUCUCUAUCGAGUUGUGCAACAAACAUUUGCUCGUGUCAUUGUCAAAUCACUUGUUACAAAAAAUAUUUAUGCAUAA